AUGGCUGGCUCGGACGAGGUUAACAUUCAUCCGAAAGAAGGAAACAAUAAUGAUACCAGAAUAAAUGUUACUGGUGCUGAAUUACAAGUAAUGAUUGACAUAGCAGUUGCUCAAGUUGUGGACAAAAUGUUCAAGGAACCGAGUAAUGCUCCCAAGUACAACAAGAGUUGUACUUACAAAUAUUCUGUCUCGUGUAAACCAAGAGAUUUUACGGAAGAAAAGGGAGCUAUCGAUUGUAUGAAGUGGUUGGAUGAAAUAGAAAUUGUUAUUGAUAUCAGUGGGUGUGCGAAGGAGGACAUCGCUACAUUUGUGUCUCAAUCCUUCAAAGGCGACGCCUUAACUUGGUGGAAAGCUUUGGUGCAGUCCACAGGAAAGGUUCCCCUGUAUAACCUUUCCAAGAAUCAAUUUGUUGAUCUUAUGAAGGACACGUACUGUCCUCAGCAUGAAGUGGAAAGGAUAGAGACUGACUUCCUCACUCUGGUAAUGAAGGAUUUGGAUUGGAGGUCUUAUGUGACCAGUUUUAACUCAAUGUCGAGACUUCUACCGUAUUUGGUCACCCAAGAACCUAAACGCAUUGCACGUUUUAUAUGUGGAUUAGCCCCUGAGAUUAAGGGAAAUGUCAAGGCUUCUAAGCCUGCUACUUAUAGAUCUGCUGUAGAUCUAUCUUUGUCACUUACUCUUGAUGUUGUAAGGAGUAAGUCAAAGAAAACCACCGAGGAGGGGAAAAGAAAGAGGGAGGAUGAUCAGUCCCAUCGCUCAAACAAAAAGAAGAAAGGAAACUCUGGUUUCAAGAAGGGGCAGUCGGAUGACAAGCCCAGAUGUAAAACAUGUAAUAAGAGGCACUUUGGAAAGUGCAACCAGGAUCCACAAACUACACCUUGUGGAAUUUGCAAGAAGAAAGGGCACAAGACGGUUGAGUGCUGA